AUGACUGAAUCUAAACACAAUAGGAUAAAGGCAAUCGGGUUUGGAGGCCUACUGAAUAUAAAAUAUGAUACACUACUAGCAAGGUUGGAAAAUUGGCUAAUGGUGGGUUGUUUCGAUGCUGAGUCUUCGCAGCUAGUGCUUCCUGGAAGAGGUGUAAUUAAAGUCACAGCUGAAGCUUUGCAGUCUAUCAUGGACUUGCCAAACAAUGGUGAUGAAGUAAAAUAUGAGCUUGAUGUCAAUGCAAUAGACUUCAUUCAGGCCAAGUAUAAAAUUGCUCGAGGAAAAGCACCUAGGAUUGGGGCAAUAAUCCUAUAUGUAGACUCUUUGCUGGUUGAAAAUGUUGACAUCCCAGCGACGAUGCCUAGGAUUGCAGCAUGGUCAAGGAGCUUGGUAGAUCAGGUAGUUAAGUUAGACACCAACCGUGACGGCUCCUUUGGAAAGCUCAAGCUUAAAAGUUCUGUCCAUACAGUUAUACAAUCUUCAUUAUUCCAAUUAGAUGAUGUGCGUAGAUUCAUGUCUUCAAAGGUGUCAUCGAACAUGUCCGAUGAGAAAAAGAGGAAACUAACUACUGCUGUGAGUGAGUUUUGUGCUAGUUUUACCAACCUUAUGGGUACUUUCUUAGAAAAAGUAUCCGAAAUCGAAGAACCAUCUUCCACAACCAGUUCUCAUGGAGAUGAUGAAAGUGAUGAUGAUGAAGAAGAUGACAAUGAAUAUGAUGGCACUGAUGAAGAAGAAGAAACUACAGGAGAGUAUUCUUGUUCAGAGAAUACAAAAGAAGAAUCAGAUCCACUUGAAGAUGGGGGAACUCCACCCCCUGAUUUUGAUUAUCUAGUUGAUGGCAUGUUUAUUGACAACAUCAGUGAAGAUGAGCACAGUAGUCAAGAUCAUGUGCCUUUGAUUGCGCGGUUAAGGAGGAUGCGUAAAGGUACGAAAGCUGAAAAUCAAGAUAAAGGCUCUGACAAGCAUUCAAGUCCACCUGUGUCUCCAGAUGGCAAAUCUCUAAUACACUCUAGCCCUAAGAGAGCAAAAGAUGAUGAAAGGCCAGCUGAACCUCAACCUCUUGCAUAUAUCCUACCUGAAAAUCUUAAGAAAGUAGGAAUUGCACACAACAGGCAGUCGAAGCUACGGCUGCCAAGUAAUCCAGUUGAACAAAAAGAUACAGGUGAUGGUGCUACCACAGCCACUUUGGUGCACAAUGUUGGAGAAGGCUACAGUUUCAAGGUUCCUAGUUCAAAAAAUAUUGUCCAACAAGAAACAGGCAGUGCAGCAAAGAUGGAUCCUCUAGAUUUUACCCCUCCAGACUUCACGCUUUUUGAUGAAGACAACAUCUCUUCCACCAAGUCUGCAGGAGGUUUUGGUGGUGCUACAUGCUCACUUGAUGAGAUACCAGAAGAAGAAUUUCAGAAGUUAGAAGAUGAUGCCAUCAAAGAGAAUGAAUCAAGAAAGAGGAAAGCACUGAUUGAGGAGCAUAGUAGUGGUAAACUUUCAGUUACACCUGCGAUCACCAUAUGUUGA